UGUGGAAAGUGCGGAUUCGGAAACAGGAGUAGCGCCUGGCCUUUUCCUCUGGAGCCUCCCGGAUCAUCAUCUGGAGACAAAGAAGGAGGGUCCCAGGCCCGGGUCGGAGUUGGUUUAAUUUAUCAUCCAGUUGAACAUUUUCAUCUACCAAAAUGUCAAAAAGACCGUCUUAUGCCCCACCGCCCACCCCAGCCCCCACAACCCAAAUGCCCAGCACACCAGGGUUUGUGGGAUACAAUCCAUACAGCCAUCUGGCCUACAACAACUACAGGCUGGGAGGGAAUCCGGGCAGCAACAGCCGGGCCACGGUAGGAGAAUCAACUAUUACGUCAUCCGGCAAACAACAAGAAGUGACCAGAAAUGGCUUUAGAGCAUCAUCCGGUAUUACAAUCCCCAAACCCCCGAAGCCUCCAGAUAAGCCGCUCAUGCCAUACAUGAGGUACAGCAGGAAGGUCUGGGACCAAGUGAAGGCAUCCAACCCCGACUUGAAGUUGUGGGAGAUUGGGAAGAUCAUUGGAGGCAUGUGGCGAGACCUCACUGACGAGGAGAAGCAAGAGUACUUAAAUGAAUAUGAAGCAGAAAAGAUAGAGUACAACGAGUCGAUGAAGGCCUACCAUAACUCACCUGCGUACCUGGCCUACAUCAAUGCGAAAAGCCGUGCCGAAGCAGCUCUGGAGGAGGAAAGCCGGCAGAGGCAGUCCCGUAUGGAGAAGGGGGAACCUUAUAUGAGCAUUCAGCCCGCUGAAGACCCAGAUGAUUAUGACGAUGGGUUUUCUAUGAAACACACGGCUACAGCCCGUUUCCAAAGAAACCACCGCUUGAUUAGUGAGAUCCUGAGUGAAAGCGUCGUGCCUGACGUCCGAUCAGUGGUUACCACAGCACGGAUGCAAGUUCUCAAAAGACAGGUCCAGUCUUUGAUGGUUCAUCAGCGGAAGCUGGAAGCUGAGCUCCUGCAAAUAGAAGAACGUCACCAGGACAAGAAAAGGAAGUUCUUGGAAAGCACAGAAUCCUUUAACAACGAGCUCAAGAGGCUGUGUAGCCUGAAGGUCGAGGUGGACAUGGAAAAAAUUGCCGCAGAAAUUGCCCAAGCAGAGGAACAGGCCCGCAAGCGGCAGGAGGAACGGGAGAAAGAAGCAGUGGAGCAGGCCGAACGCAGUCAGAACAGUGCUAGCGCCGAGGAAGAGCCAGCAGCGAGCAAGGCCGAGGAGAAGAAGGAAGAAGGAAAUACUUCCAUGGAGACAGAGGAGCCUCCUCCAGAGGAAGCGAUUGAGACCCAGCAGAACGGAGAAGGAACGUCCACUCCAGAAGAUAAGGAGAGUGGCCAGGAGGGAGUGGAAAGCAUAGCGGAGGAAGGAACCAGUGACAGCAAUACGGGGUCAGAGAGCAACAGCGCAGUGGUGGAAGAGCCCCCUGCUGAUCCGAUCGCUCCAGAAGAGAGUGAAAAGAAAGAAUGAGCAGAGAGCCUGUUAUUGUUGCUUAUCUCUCUUUGUAAAGUGAUUGGGAAAAUGCUCUUUUGAGGAGUGAGGGGGAGUGUUCGUGGAUAUUCUGUAUAUUGGUCCCCACCUACCAUAAUAAGUGCUCAGUCCCCCAGGUUCAAAUUCCCCGGGACAAGCAAUAGCCAAAGGCAUGGGAAAGAUCCCAGUUCUAGUUCAUUUUUAAAGAUAAGAGCAGCUCUAAGGAAACACAUUGUGUCUGCCUUUUUAAAAUAAAAUUUUUGCCUCCUUUUUCCCAGGGAGGACUUAAAAAUCAUCUGAAUUUCUCAUACCAUCCUUCCAGUCAUUUGUUGAAGAGCAAGUUUUCUGAAAAUUAAUUAUCCCAUUUUUUUCCACAUCUCUCAACACGGAUGUGUGUUUCAUGCUAUGGACUUAAUAUUCCAAACUGCAGUUGUAUUCCAAAGUGCCGUUCCCGUAAAGUAUAAAAGAAGAUUGGUUGUCUGAAAAAUACCACUUCCACGGUACAGAAUUAUUAUUGUGUAUUUUUAUUUUCUACUAGAUUCGAAAUCAAAAUACUGAGUCUUCAAAGAUUGUUGAAAAAUCCUCUGGCUUGCGUUUCUCUUCUCCACCUUCUGCUCCCUCAAAAUAUCUUCCUAUCACAUGUUCCUAAAAUGCAAGAUUUUUUUAAAAAAUGAAAACAUAGUAAUGCCUUGGUGUUAUAAUUUAUUUCACAGGAAACAGCAUGCAAAGAUAGAGUGAGGACCAUAAUAUGGAUACUUUGCUGUUAACAUUCCCUCUUCCAUUAUUAAAGAAAAAAACACAAAUUGCAUUGUUAGGUAUGAAAAAAGAAAUGCUUGGAUCUUGAAACCAAACACUGACAAUGUAAAUUCCAAGUCUCUGUCAAAGGUUAAUUUAGCCUUGGAGGACAAAACUCCCAUUUUGUCUCCUGCCGCUGUCUGUUGGACAAGGAAACAGAAGGGCAUGCCGUUUAUUAUCACAACAGCCAUGACUCUGUAGGGCAUUCCUGCCCCAAAUACGAUUGCAUGAUGUGAUACCAUUGUGUCUUGGGGCUGUUUUGGAGCACUGUGGGAUCAUUCUCUUGAAGGGUUCUUUUUCCCCCCUUCUGGUGCUCUUUGAUCCUUUUGUCAAGAAUGAUCUGACGCAGAGGUGUGAUGAAACACAAACCAGAAUAGGUUACUUGAAGCACCUCUCUUAACUCUCUUGAGCUGUGCCUCACUCCAAAAGUACCCUGCAAACAGUUUGCAUCAGUCAACAAACCUGAGUCGACAUGAGUUUUUCAGAUCUCUUUCCACGUCCCAAUUAUUUGUUUUUCUUUUUUAAAAACAACCUGUCUGAAAAUUCCUCUUCUGGGCAAGUUAGACAGAUGUCUCCCUAAUUUUUUUUUAUUGUAACUUGAAGUGAAGGCAACGCAUGCCUCCUGUUCCAUCUUGGUUUAUGGUUUUGUGUUAUUGUUUUUUAAAGGACACUUCAUUCUAGUUUUAAAUGCUUUUGACAUAAUAAACUAGUACAUGUUUUGAGAAAA